AUUGGGGGAAAAAAUGAAGUAAAUCGAAAAGGAUCAACAAAGUUUUAACUGGGAUUGUUUCAUUUAGGGCAAAAAUGCUGAAGCUACUGGUCUUUUGGCAGUCCUUUCAUCUUCCCCAUGGUGCAGUAUCCAGCCAAGUCACUGCAUCUCAUCAUGAGCUGAGAAACUCGCUGACAAUUUAUGCACAGACCUUUUAAAAUCCAUUUAAUAGCCAUUUAAACCUGUGUGUGUGUGUGUUUUGCAUUAUCAGUCAUAUUUCAGUAAUAAAUGGCAGUGUUUAACAAAUUCGUUCAGGGUAUACAAACUUUUGUAGUAUGUAGUUAAAUUCUGUAUUUGUAUACAAAUUUAUUAUAUGCCUACUGUUACAGUCAAUAAGGAAGGUAUGAUAAAGACAUUAGGAAAUGUAGGAAAAAGUCAGGCGAUGUUUUUGUAAUCGUCAGCUGUCCAGUUUGGGUGAUCCUACAGAAGUUACAGAGUUUUUUGAGUUAAUGUAGCAGUUUUCCUUUGAUUUUACUUAUCAACAAUGUUUUUGUCCUAGCAGAUAUUUUUUUCAUGCCAUACUGUGUAAACUCCAGAGGAUUGUGUGUGUGUGUGUGUGUGUGUGUAAAUCAGCCUAGGUCUUAUUCAAUUGUUUUUCUGUGUGAUACAUAAUACUCAGAUUUUGCUCACUCAUACUCACAGACAAAUGCUUUUAUGAAGAACAUGGCUGUGUGAUUGAGUUGAAGCUGGCAUACAUAAUACUCCUUUGCCCACUGCUGAAAGGCUGCAGUGCGUGCCACAAUGCCAGAAAUCAUACAGAAUCAACCAGAAACUACUCAGAAACCAACGCGGAAGAAAAAAAACAAAGAGACGCACAAUGCAGUCGAAAGACACCGCAAAGAGAAGAUCAAUGCCGGUAUACAACGAAUCGGAGAUCUCUUGCCUUGCUCUCAAGCCUUAAAACAGAGUAAGAAUAUGAUUCUAGGGGAAGCCUUUCGUUAUAUCACUGAGCUGAAGCAACGGAAUGAUGAAAUGCUGCUCAAUGGAGGAGACAAAGUACAAGCGGAUGAGAUAAAACGCUUACGGCAGCAGGUGGAGGAAUUACGAAAGGAAAGUGGUCAUUACAUUGAGCUCCUCAAAGCAAAUGGUAUCAACUUUCUGGAUGACCCCACUAUUCACUGGAAGGGCAAACAGCGCUGUGCUAAAGUAGCCAAAAUAACACCAACUCACUUGUCAAAGGGAAUAAUUGUGUAUUCCAAUGAGAAUUUGGUUUGUGCAGCAAGUAAAUUGUCUGAUCCUUCAAAUCCUGUUUCUCAUCUGGAUAAGCAGCCAGUAAAUGCUUUAGCCAUUCAACCAUCUUGCAAUGUUCAAAUGGGUCCAAGUCAAGCACUCGCUGUCCCAAAUGGAACACAGAUCAGUGAAAUAACGGUCCCCUCUACAACAUCUUCACACAUUCCAUCAGCGACUAUUAUUCCUGCUUUAUCCAAGCCCUGUCUUACAGUGGUGGAACAAUAUGCUGCUGCGGCACCUGUUGCUCCAAAAUUGCCCCCUCCUGGGAAUUAUGUUGCUCUUCAAGGCGUAUGUCCAAAGCUUGCAGUCACUGCUCCUAGUCUGCAACAAACCCAGCCAGCAAAGCCUACACCAACUCUAGCGUCUUCCACGCCUGUCCAGCUUCAGCCUGUUUUUAGUCUGUCGUCCUUGCCUCAAACCGUGGUCAGUAGCAGACAUGUUUCUGAUGCUCCUUCAGUGUUGCCGCAGGAUACUGAAAGCAUGUCUUUUGCUCAGACGUUACCAGGCAACUCUGCUCAUCUUAGGACCAGUGCAGCCAGCAGCACACAGACCACAUGGACAACACUACAGCUUACUGGGAACACAGUACAGCCUGUCUGUCGAGCUUUGGGCACAGAAGCCAGUAGCUCUGGGCAUAAUAUUCCCCAACUUUCAGUAUGUCCUGUUGUUGCAAAUCCCCUGGCUCAUCCUGUUCCUCUUCAAGUGCAAACGCAAGUUCCUAUGCAACUGCAAACCCCCAAACCAGCAUGCAUCCCUGUUCGGCCUAAUCUUCCCCAGUUGUUACCAGCUGUGCUUACCAGUCCUCAAACACCUGUUGUUACUCAGGCAUCACUUUUAUCCCAGACUCCUGUGGUCCUUCAUCAACCACCUGCUGUACCCCAGACAGGGUUACUAACUCAGUCACAAACUGUUGUAGCUCAAGCCACAAUUUUACCCAAACCUGUCCCUCCAUCAACUCAGUCUCACACAUACUCAGCCAUACAACACAAGUCUCAAAUUCAGCAUGCCAUGGCACCUCAGCAUGAACUACAAGCCACUAUUCCAUCUAAGCCCUCACCCCAGCCAGCUAUAAUACCCCAGUCCCAGUCUGCCACUGUGCCUCCUGUUCAGCAAACAAUAGUGCCCCAGUCUCAAGCCGCCACACUGCCAGUACUUCAGACAAUGCAGGUUGUGCAAAUGAAUUCAGAUGGUACCCCAGUAAUUGCAACAUCCCUGCCACAAAAUAAUUCAAAUGUUGUUAUUUUGCAGCAGGCCAAUACCUGUCCAGGCUCAAAAGUAAUUAGAGAGGAUGUUACCAAUCAGGCGACAUGCCAGCACAUUGUUAUAAUCCAGACACCAACAAUGCCACCUACUCAACAGAACCAUCAAACUAACAUUAUGCCAGCGGCAGUUUCUACUUUGGCAAAUCAAAUAACCACCUCCACCAACCCCUGUCCCACUACUGCUCAAGCUAAACAACUGGUUCAUAUCCUUCCACGUCCUUCAGCCCAGGUUCAGACACAGGCACCCCAGACUAUCACUGUAAAUGGACAGGUUUACGUUUUACAAUCAGUGAAAUCAGCAGACACUGGCAACUCUCAGGUUAGCCAAAGUCCUACGCAAAUCAUUCAACCCACCUGUGAGGAACCCAACUCCAAUGUCGCAUUGAAUUGUUUGGGUGCCCUCACUAGCCUUAGUCAGAGCAUUUCACAAAUCUCCAAUCAAAGCAUUUCACAGGUCUCCAAUCAAAGCAAUGUACAACUGCAAAUUACUCCACCUUCAGACACUACAGUACAGUCUUCUCUAUCUAAGCUGGUUUCACGAAUCAGUACAUCCACCGAGACUGCUCUACACACUGUUGUAGCUGCACCAACAUCAAUAAGUUCCGCAGUUAGCAUUCAGCCAAAGAAGACUAAUGUACCGUCUGUAAAUCAAUCCAAACAGAUGCCAGUUAAAAGGGCCAGGCCAGUCAAGAGAAAAGAACCAACCAAAAGAAGUACAUGUCGAAUUUCAGCAAAGCCAGCAAAUAGUACAUCAUCUCAGUCAAAUGUUGCACAAGGACAUUCAUCCUCUAUAACAGAUGCUCAGUUUAUUAAUUCUGCCAGUGAGGAUAUGAGCCUGAAAAACAGUACUGUAAGUACAUCCAUGGUUAUCAGUGUUUCUGCAUGCAAUACUUCUACAGCCGUUUGUGUUAGUUCAAGUAGUAAAUCACUGCAGAGUCCUGCCCAUUCCACAAAUACAAGUGUUGGUUCCCUAGUCAAUGAUGAAGUAGCAAAGAGUCAAGAACAAAGUGUUAAUGCAACUCCACCAUCUUACAGUAAAAUGGGUAAUACCCUUAAUACUGUAACUUCCCUUGAGGUAAGCACUGUAGUUUAUCCCAGCAGUGAACCUGUUUUGACCAAUAAAAUUGACCUUGAACAAAAUGAAUCAACAAGUAGUGUUCUCUCUGCUCAGUGUAGCACAUUGAAGAGAGCUUCCACAAAAUCAACAAUAAAUGAGAACUCUGUAUCCAGUGCACUUAUUUCUCAAGAAAAAUCAACAGUCAAACAUUCUUCUAUGAGCUGCAUGCAAACAGAAUCAAGUCCUGUUUUAGUUCAGAGCAAAACUAUGCUCACAACGGUCAGCUCCUCAGAAAGUAACUUGAAGGUUUCAUCUGUUGAAACCACUCCUCAGCAACCCCAGAGUACACCUUCGGGCAUAAGUGCUGAUUCAACAAAGAGUCUAGAAACCGGAUCCCUCUUAAAGAAGGCUCCACAGGUUCAAACAGAGCCUGCAGUAGUUAAACCAGCAGACACUUCACAUAUGCAGACAUCUUUUGUUUUGCAAUCUACUUCGUCAACUUGUUCAGAUACAGGAGCACCAGUUCAACACGAGGAGUCCAGGAAUUUGAACACAUUGGACAAGCUUCUUAAACAUUCAGAGGUUAAUAUGUCUGUGACAACUGCUAAUCAGAUUCAUUCUGUUAGUAUCAAACUUGGUCAGUCAAAUUCAAGCAAAGAAAUCAGCAGAAGUGAAAAUUUAAGUGUUACCACUGAGAGUAUAUCUGAGGCAGACUCCUUCUUGCAAAAAAAUUCUGUCCUUUCACAGGAGGCAUCAGCAAUGGGAGGUGAAUCAUAUGAUUCCUCACUAGUGCCAAAUAGACAGACUGAUUCACCAACAGCAGGAGCUUCAAUUAACAGAGGCUUUUCGGUUGCAUCACUGCUUCCAACAGGUCAGAAUAUUUCUGCAUCUCCUAACACAUUUGGUUCUUUUAGUUUCACCUCUGAGCAGGCAGAAAUCUUAGCAAUGGCUGCAAGGGCUAUAUUUGAGCAAGAUAGCCCAGGAAGGAAGAGUGAUGGCUGCAGUGGUGACAACCCAUCAAAUACAACUGCCACCAGAUGGGAGCUUCCAAAAACACAGCAAACUCCCAUAAUCAAAGAAAGGGGUACAAGUCAACAAUUAAAGCAGGCAAAUCAGGGUGACAAUACAGUGUCAAAGACUCCAUCACUAGUUGAGGUUUCUGGAAUUAGUACACCUGGUAUCCGGCUUCCAUUGAACACAGCUUAUUCUCAGUCACAAGCUAGUACUCUCACUAGUCUAAAUGUUAAUAAUCUCAUUAGGCCAAGUUCUGUCCAGUCUUACCCAGGGUCUCCAAACCUUGGUCAGCAAGUAACUGUCCCAUCACCAGGGGGAGCAGCAAUUCUAGUGUCUCAGACUUCAUCUCAGGUUACCCAAAGCUGCUCUGGCCCAGCACAGGUUAAUGAAUAUACGCCUUUGAAGAGUGCACUCAUGAGAAGUCACAUAGGUGCUGGAAUAUCUGAACGUCAUCAAAAGGAUAUGCCAAAACGGUCUGCCCAAGAGGACCUAGUUCUUCCCAUAAACAAGCGCUCAAAACCAUGCCCAGCUGGUAGUAUUGCACGGCUAGAUGUUAAGGUGACAGAUCAUGUCCAAGCCAUGUCUGGACAAUUGCCCCCAAAUUCCUCAUCGGUUAUGACUGGGAACCAUUCUGAUGGAGGAGGUGCCCUGUUUUCAGGAAACAGUUUUAUGACCACCGCGCUUCGCCCAUCUGAAGGACACUGCCCUCCUCAACUGGCACCACAUGAACAAAAUCAGUCUAGUGUGUUGCACCUACAACAGGGACAUAUACAGCAUGGCACACCACAGUCCAGGCACAUAGUUGGAGCAAGCCAUUACCUCAAGCAUCACCACCACCAAGAACAGCAAAGGCACCUCUACCAACUUCAGCAUCACCUUACACAACCAGACACCCAGAUACACAAUAUUCAACAGAGGACUCUUCUACAAGAUCAGAACGUCCAUAAAAAGAGAGUUGUGCGAGGUGGUCAGACAGGACCUCCUGUUAAUUUGCAGAAGCAGCAUCACUUGGAGAAGAAUGGUGUACAGCACCAACCACCGCAGCAACAAUCCCAGCAGCACCAACAGCAAGCACAGCAGCACCAACAGCAGCAGCAGCAACAAUCCCAGCAGCACCAACAAUCCCAGCAGCACCAACAUCAGCAGCAGCCACAACACCAACAACAAAAACCACAGCAGCUCCAACAGCAGCUCCAACAGCAGCAACAAGGUUCACAUUCGAGGCAUCAACACCUUCAGCAACAACUUCAGCAGCAACACUUUAGUAGACAGGAAAAGAAUUGUGAGGGUCAACAAGCAGGCCCCAGGGCUCAUCAGAACAACCAUUUGAGUCAGCAAGAUCGCCAACCAGGGCAGGAUCAUGGAGCCAUGCAAAGGUUAAUGGGUUCUCGCACUUUAGAGCAGCAGUUGACUUCACAGGCUAAUAAUCCUGUUUCUCGCUCUUCAGACCAUGCUUGUACUCCAUCACGACAGGAGCGUCAUCGACUGUCUAGUUAUUCCGCUGAGGCACUCAUUGGUAAGGCAUCAACUGCUGGUGACCAACGUAUGGGACUUCAUACAUUACAGAAUUCUCGUGGCAAUUCACAGGAUCAGUCUGAAUUACAAGGUUAUGUUGAUUCCUCACACGGGAAAGGAAAUAUUAGUCAUAAUCCUCAAGGCAGACUAGCCCAAGAACACUCGGGAGAUCCAGGCAUUCAGCAGAUAUCGGAACGGUUACCUUUUAAGACUCUUGGUAAUGGGCCUCAAGUAAGCACUUUUGAAGCGCAAGUGUCUCACAGUGGAGAUAUGACCAGUAAAUCCGUGGCUCCAGCUCAGAGGGGUCCUCAGCCACAAACUGGAUUCAGAAUGGGGGCUGGUUCCUCUGCAGAUGGACGUAGUCGUGGUAUCUAUGGCACGCAUCCUUCAUCACAGGCGCUACAAGCUGGAGCAGGGUUGCCACGUGAGCAGGACUCAUGUCAUCAGAGCUUUAUGCAAACUCUGUUGGCUCCACAUCUUCCUGAACAAACUGGACACCAGAGAGCUGUACAAGGCUGUCCCACAGUGAGUAUAGAAUAUAACUGUGUGCCUGGAGUUUCUUCUGGAGAACUUCAGGCUAAAGUCUCAAGCCCUAAUCUGCACCCUACACAGACAGGUCCUCCCAUGCAUCUCGGAGACAACAAUAAAGCACACAUUUCUCAGGUUAGUGCAAAUCUACAUGGUUCAUCUGUAAGAUCAGUUCUACCCCAUCCUUCAUCAACACCCCACAGUAGCUCAGAUACAGGCCGCGCUCAGGGUUCUUCCAGGUCACUUUCUGCUGUCAGUCAGCGAGCCCAUCAUGUUGGACCAGAUCCACAAAGCUCAAAAAUCCGCUUAGGAGAUCGACCAAGGUCUGGCAACUUGAGACCUGUAAACACCUUUGAGACUGAAAGUCCAUUGUCGCUUCCGUCAGGUGGUGGAGUGCUGCUUGGACGGCCACAGACAGCUGGUGAAUCUCGGCGCAGAAGUAUUGUGCGCUUUAUGCCGGAUGGUGCACAGGUCAGUGGUGAUGGCAACUUGGUUUCAGAUCAGCAUCUCACCCAGAACUUUGGCUUUCCAUUUAUUGAAGGAGGUAUGAACCCUCCACCACCAAUUAAUGCAAAUGCAUCUUUUAUUCCCCCGGUCACCCAGCCCAAUGCCUCACGCACCCCUGCCCUUCUUCCUGUAGAGCCUCAGAACACUCUCACUUCCUUCUACCCCUCGUAUUCACCUGCUGCUCAUCCAAGCAUUCCAAAUGAUAUUCCUAUACAGUAUUUUUCCAACCAGAUAUUUACAAGUCCAAGUGCUGAUAAGAGUAGUAGUACUCCGCUAAACAACCGCUUUGGAUCUAUUCUUUCUCCGCCUCGUCCUGUGGGUUUUGCACAGCCGAGCUAUCCACUGCUGACUGAUAUAGCACCAAUGCCUAUUGCAAACUCAUCAGGCAUUACUCCUCAUUUACCCAACUUUAACCUGACUUCUCUUUUCCCUGAAAUAGCCUCAGCGAUGCCCCCUGACGGUUCUUCAAUGCCAAUGUCCCCAUUACUGUCGCUUGCAAACACUUCCUCCUCAGACUCUAACAAACAGUCUAAUCGCCCAGCUCACAACAUCAGCCACAUUCUCGGUCAUGAUGGAACCUCUGCUGUUUAAAAUUGCAGUAACAAGGAUAUUAAACAUUGUCCUCAUGUGCAGUACUAUCUAAAUGUAAAUCAUCAUAUCUGUUAAACAGGAUUACUUUCUUUUUUGGGGAAAAAACGAUUUGGCAUGACAUGUUCUUUUGUUUCUGCUAUAAGCCUAUGCAUAGAACUUAUGCCUAUGCAUAGAACUCUUGUAACACAAAUAACACCUGAAGUGUCAAUGCCUACAUGACUAAAACAGUUAUUACCUGACAUGAUGCCACAAUACAUCCAUUCUUUUUUUGUGAAUGAUCAUAAGCCUUGACUGAUUUUGUGGAUUUAAAGAACUUGGGAGUUUCCAAGUUUUUCCCCCAUCUCUUAAAGAGACUAAAAAGAUUUUUUUAUUGAUAAACAAAAUACAAGGUAAAAUAUUUUUACUUAUUUAUGGGAAGAUGUGUUUUUGUAGAUAUUUGUAAAUAUACAAAUGUGGUUAUUAAAAUUGUUUUGUUUUAUAAAUUAUUGUCU